AUGAGAGGCUAGAGAAAUCAAGGAUCUUUAGCAGCCAGAUAUUCUUCAAGCAGACCACUUAAUAAUAGGCUAUCAAAUCUCAGCAGCUCUAAUAAUGAUGCUGGAUUGUCUUUUCAAUUCAGCCAGCUGAAGAAACAGAUGUUUGACAUUUUCAGAGAACUAGACAAAUACCCGCGAUAUAAUAGAUAAAUAGGAGAUGAGAAAAAAGAUUUUUAUCAGCAUUUGUACUUAAUUUAGAAUAGCUGUCUCAAUCAUAUAUUGGUUCACUCUGAAAUAAUAAAGAUUCUUCAGCAGAUCAUGGAAACUCUGGAAUAGCUGAAUGAAAUUUUUAAAUCACUUAGAAAAUUAAAGGGCAGCGAUCUAUCGCUUGGUUUUGUAAAAAGUAUUGACUCAUUUGAUGAGUUCUACAAGCAUUGGGAUACUUUGCUAGAUAAGUAGCUAAAAUUAGGACUUAAUAAAAUCAACAUUGAUCCUGAAGAUAAAUUAUAGUAGCUGAAGGAAGUACUUUAAGAUUACUUAUUCAUGCAUUUGGUACUUUAAAAUAUGAAUGAAGGCAGUUUGAUGUACAUAAUUUAAAUUGCCCUCAAUUUUGAUGAGGUCUAUAUGGGCAAGGUCAAUACCAUAUUUAACUAAUUGCGAUAAAAAGUUGAUGUACAAUAAUCAAUCGUACUAAGCAACAUGACCCUUGAUGAAGUUAACGAGACUUUUAUGAGCUACAGAGAGGAGUCAGAGGAAGUAUCAAGCAAUUCAAGAAAUCAAAGGUCAGGAAUUGAUACUAGUUCCCCGGAAAAAUCAAGUCAAAAUAGCUAUCAAUCUGUAGGGUCAUUCCAUAAUAAGACGCCUGCUGAGCAGUUAGCACUGAUACUAAUGGGUGAUUUCAAGUGUGGUGGCUCAAGAACUCCCAGAAGGAAUUCUAAGUAUGGAGACAGCGAUUUUUGGAAAAAGAAACAUUCAAAGAGUGAAGAUAAGAAACAGAAAAAGAUUGAGAGAUAGGAGGACAAAGAAGAGGCUAAGUUUGUGGUAACAAUGAGAAGCAAAGAUUCAAAUCCUAAGGGACAUGACAAGUAGGAUUUUUCAGAUAUAAAAGAGGAUGAAGUUAAUGAUGAGGAGAAUGAUCCUUUCGAUAGUGCAGCAGAUCUAAAGCCUACUGUAAAAUACGUGAAUGAAGAAGAGCUAAAUCAUCAGCCAAGACUAAAUCAUUAAACUAGCAUGGAUCUUGAAUCAUUCUAGGGUAGUUUUAACAUUUAAAAUGAUGCGCAGGCUACAGUAAUCUCUAAGAAAAAGAAAGUAAAGAUUAACACUGAGGCUCCUUAACAGUUCGACUACGAGGACAAUAUAAAUGAUUAUGGGGCAACAAAAGAUGACCCAGAUGACCAUCACUAUGAGGAUAGGAUAUAGGGUAAAAGCAAUUUCGAGUCACUCCAGAGUAACAUGAGACAUUCUUCAAAAGUAAAAUCUGCGAUUGAACAUAGCAAAGCCAAACCUAAAAUUCUUAAGGUUCAGGUCAUUGACAUUAAAAGUGAAGUGCCUUCAGCAUUUGAAAUCAGCCAGAAUAUUGCAGAGAUAACCUCAGAUCAAGCUGAAAAGAGGCCGAUCGUAUUUGGCAGAGGAGAGAAUGCAGAUGUAAGAUUUUCUGAGGACAACAUCUAUAUUGCAGAGCAUUAAUUUAAAAUCGAGUACAAUCGACCUCAUUUUAGCUUGAUAGAUGUUGGCUCUGAAUACCCGACCUUAAUCAGACUAGAGUAGAAUAAGAAGGUUCUGCUGAGCAGGUAUGACUACAUAUCUUUAUCUGAGCAAUCUGAUUUUUAUGUUAUGGACUUGGUGACUGAUGAUUAAAAUGCUCAAAUUCUGAAUGACUCACUUGAACUUAGAUACUUUGAUGCAAAGAACGAGCCCAAAGUGAGUAAUAAAAAAUCUAUAACAUUGAAGUUUCAUGACGGAGCCCUAGCUGGCAAUAAAUUUGUUCUGGAGUAAAAGAGAACUACAAUUGGUCGGUCCAAUAACAGAGACCUGAUAAUCCCCUCAACAGCAACAACAGUCUCUAAACUGCAUUCUACCAUUCUUUAUGAAAGAGGUUACUGGUAUUUAUAAGAUCACUCCACUUAUGGCACUUUCAUGUAUCCAAGAACUGUCGUUGAAAUGAAAAACCACAAACCGAGUUCUAGAAUUAAAGUACAUAACAAUAUGAAAGUUAGUGUGGGAGCAAUCUCAUUCUUGGAAAACAUUUAAGGUGCUUCAUAUAAUGUAUGUCCAACUAUGGGGUGUGAUGCAGACAUUGGUGAGAAAGUUUGCUAUCUACACAGCGCUUCGAAUCCAGUAACAUACAUAAGAAUGUAUUAAUGCCCUCAAAACUACAUUUGUGAUAUUUCUGAUUCAUCAAAGUAUGCUUGGGUUGACUCUAAAUACCAAUAAUAUACUUCAUCUUCAAAUCCCCUGAGAUCAUAGGUAUAUGGUUCUAUGACAGUAGGUAAAUGCAAGAAAGCUUCAAUCUUAGAUGCCAAUUUAAAUAAUGGGAGAGAGUGCAUUAAAGAUAAUCAGUGUAUUUCUUAAAGAUGUGUCAAGGGCUAUUGCAAAGGAAGAGAUGAGAAUGAUAACUGCGCACAGCACUCAGACUGUGAUGCAUAACUAGUGUGCUUGCAAGACUAAUCUUGGCCUUACGCCUCUAAGUGCAGACCUUGGGGAACAAAUGAUACCCUCUGUCUAAGUGAUUAUGAGUGCUCUCCAUUCCAUUUUUGUUGGUUUAAAAACUAGUCAGAAGCAACUUCAGGAACCAAGCGAUGCUUGUAAAUGCAUAGUAAACCCUUAACACACAAGUUUGGGUGGAAGUUUGUAGAUACUGAAGACGAUUUCAUUAAUUCCCUUUAUAAUGGUUAGUAUUGCAUAAGUGGUCUCGCUGUUCAAACUGGAUUAUACGAGGGUAUGUGUACCUAAAUAAUUAGGAUAAAUUCUGACAGAGGAGAUGUAUAAGCUCCAUACCCCUGCACAGUUACUAAUCCAGCUACUGUUUGCAAAUAUUUCUAUGAUGCCACUAAUUAUCUUGAAAAGGAAUGCUAAUGCGGAUUUAAUGGUUCUACUGGAUAUUGUCCAUAUCCUUCACAAACAGAAUUCAAUAAAUACCUAAUAUACAAGGUAAAAGUAUUGAACUCCUCUUAAUGCCACACUCUUGAUAGAAUAGACUACAGAGCUUAAUCGGAAGAAUGUGGAAUUGGUCCUAUUGAAGAUUUAAAGAUAGCAAUCGCCUUAGAUUUCAACUUUACCAUGUGGCCCUUCAUAUAAAAUAAGAAUUCAUAUACUUGUCUCAAUCAUAUCCAUCCUUUAAGCAGUCAGAAUUUACUAAAAUCAAAUGCAAAUAUAUUCCAAGCUGCAUUAGGAAUCAUUAUUAUAUCAGUAUUUAGCUUUUUAUUCGCUUGA